AUGAAGCGCACAUCUUUUGUGCUCUUCUUCCUUGCGUUCAGCACGCUUGCAUUGGGCAAGCCAAGUUGCACUGCUCGCGAUGAGAAGUGCAUUCAGGGCUCCCUUUUCUUGCAGAGGGAAACACUCUCCAGGAUCUCCCAGAUGUCGACGGAGGAGCUCUUCGAGGCCUAUGAGAUGGCGAGCAUGCGAGCGAAUCGGAGUCGAGGAGCCGAUUCUCGCUUCUUGAUGAGGGCUACUUUCGGCCCCACCCGCCAAGCGCUGGCAGACCUCAGUCAAACAAGCCAUGCGGACUGGAUCCUUGAGCAGAUGAAUGUGCCCGUGGAGUCUCUGCGCGAGUACUACCGCGAGCGUGUGAACCCCUUCUACAAUGCUGCCGUGGACGGCCAGAGUGACUUCACGCCCUACUCUCCCUGCACCCCGGGAUCACGCUGGCGGGCUUAUGCCUUUACGCUCAGCGACAACCGGAAGCAAGUCCAGGUGUCAGGCGGCAAGAUCUCUGUGGCAGGCAACUUCCGCUCAGACAUCCGCACCGGCCUCCUGGCCUCCCGCUGGAGUGGUCUUGGUAACUACACCGGCUACUUCUGCUAUGUGGAAGAAGGUAUCGGCGGCGAUGUACAUCUUUCAACUGACAAGGACUGCAGCUGGCGAGUCCCAAAGACGAACAUGCCAAAUCCUGCACUGUACUUGUUGGACCAGUCCAAAGUGACGUCUACUCCGUUGCCCUUCAAAGCAGGCCUACCUGACACGCUGCUCUUGGAAAGCUUUGCGCCUGCUACCUGCCAACUUGACCAGGCCCUUCAGCUGGUGCCGGAUGGCGAACAAUUGCUCAUUGAGGUCCAUGGGAGCACUUACUCUUACCAUCCGCGGGUGAAGCUGAACAAGAACACACCUGAAAGCCCCGUGCCUGGGCUCUGUGUGCCGCCCACCUUCCUGACCGAGGAGUCGUGCAAAGCACCUGCGAUACUGCCAGCUCAGGCCGCGGUGCCCGGGCUUCGCGCAGAAGUGCAUCUCCUCAGCUCCAGCCCUUCGGGGUUCAUCAGCGAGACCCUGAGCCAGCCCACCUUCGCCUUCCUGGACCCACAGAUCAACCAUCCAUCCUCCAGCAAUGCAUGGAACGAUCAGCUUCCGCGGGACUACUACGCCAUCCGUUGGACGGGCACUUUGACCAUCCAGCAGGCCGGUGAGUACCAGUUCUUCCUGGAGUCGGAUGAUGGCUCACGGCUGGAGCUUGAUGGCACGGAGGUGGUGCUGAAUGGAGGCUUCCACGGUAUGGAAGAGAAGAGCGGCAAGGUCAAUCUGACGGCUGGAGGACACGCCAUGCUCGUCGAGUACUACGAAGGCAGUGGUGGCGCUGGGGUGAAAUUCCGCUGGCAGGGUCCUGAUAGUGGCAACACCAAGGAGAUCGUGCCUCCGAAUGUCUUCCAGACUCCUCCCCCAAGCACCUCGCUUUGCGUCUCCUGCGGCUCACCUGGCGAGACUGCCAAUGAUCCAGCCAAAGGCCACAAGCUGCGCUUCUACACGACGAGGUCCCACGCUGAUAGCGACUUGGACAACCACUUCUUCGACAGACAAGCAGAUGAGUUGUCCAAGUCCAUAGUUUGGACCGCCAAAGCACUGUCUGCCAAGGACCAGCUGCGCCAGCGUAUGGCAUGGGCACUUUCUCAGAUCUUUGUGGUCAGUGCCAAUGGCUUUGGUAUGGAUGACCGAACUGAGCUGUGGCUCAACUACUAUGACAUCUUCGUGCGUAAUGCCUUCGGCAACUUCCGAGACGUUCUUCGGGAGGUGACCUUCAAUCCGCUCAUGGGCCGCUACCUCACCAACACCGGAAGUUCAUCCUUUGAUUACAAUGGCCGCUUCCCCAACGAGAAUUAUGCCCGAGAGAUCAUGCAGCUCUUCUCUGUAGGGUUGGAUCUUCUGCACCGCAAUGGCACCGCCAUGAGGGAUUCCAAUGGAGACAUCAUCCCAACCUACGGCAUGGAGCACAUCGUGAACUUUGCCAAGGUGUUCACUGGUUUCCAGGAGCGACCAUUCCGGCCCAACAUUGAGAACGAAGAUGAUGACAACCUGAUUGAUCCCAUGACUGUCAAUGUGCAGAAGCAUGAUGUUCAUCCCAAGCCCGACCUCUACGGUGGCUACUUGGGAGACCUCAUGCCCUCCUGCGCAGAGCCAGGAGUCCAAACAUUCCUUGCCAAGGGAGCCCGUUAUGAAGUCUAUCCUGUAGAUCAUAUGGGUGAUGCUCUGGAGCUUCUCCCAGGCUCAAAACUCUACGACGCGCUCUGUUCCAAGGUCGGCAGCGAAUGCAUGUAUCCUGCAGUCAAGGUGCUCAGCAGCACUCUCUCGUGCACCGGUGCAGAGUGCUCAGCGUCUGAUGUCAGCAUUGUGAAGAUUGGUGAAAGGCUGUACGUCCACACUCCGCCACCUUGUGUCUACCCAUACAUCGAGGCAGUUAAGCAGAAUGAGACACUGAGCUAUUUCCCUCUGAAAAAGGGCGAGUAUUGUACUCCAGGCUCAUUGAUUGAGGAUCAGGCAACCUGUGAGCAAGCCAUUAUCGCAGUCUACGGGUCUCAUGAUGGCAAUCCAUACACGAGGGCGAAGACUUGGUAUCCCAAGGGCUGCUCUUAUCGGGGAGGACGCAUGUACUUCAACCCCGACCCCGUGGGCAGAACCAAGGGUGGAGACUAUUCACCCAUUUGCUAUGCUCAUGUCAUCGUCCAUGAGGAUGGGAAGGUCAGCGCGGACGGUGUUGAAGCCAACACCUUUGCAGUUUCAUGGGUUGGGGGCACGCCUCCUGUGGGACUUCACUUCGCAAGGGUGACAACAGGCCCCGUCUUCACUGAAGUUCCUUGCAAAGAUGAUUGCAUCAAGCAGCUUUUUGCUGGCGCGCACGAGCCCAACGUGAGCUGCACCGCAUGUGGUGGUGACGUCGAAGUGUUCCAUCUGCCUGGGGAAGGGCCAGCCAUUACGGAGAAGACAAUCUUCAAAGUUGAUGGGCAGUACUACAAGAACAGCAUGAGCACGGUGCACACUGCAGCCGGGCCAUCGUUCCGUAACCCACCGGUGUUCUUGAAGGGCCAAGGAACCAGGCAGUCGUAUGCCGCCGUUCUGGCGGAGAUUGAGACGCUGUUGGACCAACUGUUCAUGCACGAGAACACUGCCAUUUUUAUCAGCAAGCGCCUGAUCCAGCGAUUUGGCACGUCAAACCCUUCGGCGGCAUACGUCGAGGCCGUUCAGCGUGCGUUCCGGACUGGAGAAUACGGCGGUAUGCUUUUCUCCCAAAAGUAUGGAGAUCUUGCAGCUUCUGUGGCAGCUGUCCUCCUGCACAAGGACGCUGACAUGGAUGGCCAUGAGCGCAAGCAAUUCCAUGGAAGCCUGCGUGAACCUAUGUUGAAGCUUAUCCAUUUCAUGAGGUCCAUGGAGUAUCAAGAUGUUGCCAGAGAAGAUGUUGUCUUCAAAGAGCUGCAGGAUGUCCUAGGCCAGUUUCCCUUCCAGUCGCCAACCGUGUUCAACUUCUACUUGGCAGACUUCAACUUGCCAAUGCCGGAGCCGGAACCUGAAUCCGAAUCCACCACUAUGGGUGGGUCAAGCUCCACUACGAGCGGGCCUGGCUCGAUGCCCGAGCCUGAACCUGAGCCCGAGCAGCUGGUGGGCCCGGAGUUUCAGAUCUUCACACCGCCUCACUUCAUCGGCUUCCUCAACGGCAUGUCAUCCUUGAUCAAGAGUGGAGUUAGCGGAAAUUGCGACAGCGGCAGCGGAUUUGGUAUCCGACCCAAUGCCUAUGAUGAGCUGUCCUGGAAAGAAAUUUGCCCCAUGGGACACAUGGCUGCAGACCUGGGAGAUGAGAACUCCACUGUUGAGGAGCUCGAUAUUUUGCUGACAGGUGGCCGCCUCACAGACACCGCCAAAGAGGUCGUGCGCAAUGCCUGGAAACGAGCUCCGGAAGCGCAGCGCCUGGAGCGUGCUCAACAGGCCGUGGUGAUGACGCCUGAGUUCAACACUUUCGGAGCUCCACUUCCCAAGGAGGCGCCGCGACAGGAACAUGCAGAUGCAGCUGCGGGAUCCCAGAAACCCUACAAGGCGACCAUCUUCCUAUUCCUUGCUGGUGGUGCUGACACCUGGAACAUGUGCCUUGGCCUGCUUGGCGAGAUGCUGGUCCCGUUGGAGUGCAACCUCUACCAGGAGUAUGUGGACGUGCGAACUGACCUGCAUCUUGAUCCUGAAGAUUUGAUUGCGAUCAACGUUGCGAAUCAGCCAUGCCAAAAGUUUGGCAUCCACGGCUCCUUCGACUAUCUGAAGACCUUGUAUGACGAGGGCGAUUUGGCCUUCAUGACGAACAUUGGUUCGCUUGUGGAGCCUCUGAACAAGGACCAGUAUCGCAACAAUCUGAAGGAGAGGCAGACCGCGGCUCAGACGCUGGCAUGCCAAGUGCAAGGCAAUAGCCCCAGAGGUGCUGGUGGUCGCAUCACUGAUGCUCUGGUGGCGGCUGCGGAUCCAUUUGCGGCAACUUCCUUUUCGCUGUCUGCGGGCAGCGCUAUCUUCGCGCAGGGCGUGGUCACCAACAGGCAGAUCGUGGAUGAGCGGGGCAAUGAUCGGUUCCACGAAUUCGAGUUCUGGCGCGAUGCCAUCUCCAACCUCACCCGUCAGCAGCACGCCAAUGUCUUCAACGAGCAGUACACACAGGUCUUCCUGGAUUCCAUCAAGUCCACUGAGGAGCUGGGACGAGCCAUCGAGGAUGUGGAGCUUGCCACGGCCUACUCGACUUCCUCGAGCCUGGAGAAGCAGCUCUCACAAGUGGCGAAGCUCAUCCGCGUGCGUGAGGUUCGCAAGGCCGAGCGCGACUUCUUUUUCGUGCGGAUUGGUGGCUGGGACAUGCAUUCCAACCUCCUCAACGGCCUCACCUCGAGGUUUGGAGAGAUCAAUCGAGCUGUGGAGGGCUUUGUGGCGGAGAUGAAGGCGCAGAACGCGUGGGACAACGUGGUGCUAGCAAGCUCUUCGGAGUUUGCGCGCACGCUGGACUCCAAUGGCGGCGGUAGUGACCACGCCUGGGCUGGACAACACUUCAUUAUCGGUGGUAAGGCCGCUGGGCCACAAGUGAUGGUUUCCAGCGGGUAA